UCGCCCCCCCGAUUGCUGUCUUUGAUUAAUCAAGGUUUGGCCAAGGUAUCCCGUUGAUAGCCUGUGAGUUGUGGGCUCUAAAUUGCCGCCGUUCGUUGCUGGUAUUCAAUAGAAUUGUAUUCAAAAGUGGAACAUCAAAAGGCCCAACCCAGUGGACAGGUAAGUGAUGGAAACAAAUCGGAGAAUCCGUUUCCAUCUUCUUAGGCUAAAGCGAGGCCUGCGAUUCCUUCAAUCCAAGGUUGGCCCAUUAUCAAAUUGUUAGUCACCCUUUGCCCAAAAGCCAUCCACUUGCUCGCUACUUCGCUACAAACUUAUUGUCGAAGCGAGCUUACUGCAUUGCAUGGUUCUUGUAGAGACCACGACAGGACAUGAUAACUUAGCGACUGCCACCCUCACACUUCCUUGGGACAGCUCCUUUGCACAGGGAUCUUUCGUUACUAGGUGCCAAUACAUCAAGCGACAUAUUCUAGACUUUACUUUCUUUCGGAAGAGGCGUUCCAAUGUCGGCAUCUUUAGUGGUUGGAGUUGACGUCGGAGGUACCAACACAGACUCAGUCUUGCUGGAUGUCUCCAAGAAGGGCAGUGAUGCUGUCCUGGCUUCGCACAAGGCUGCCACUACCUCCAACGUGACCCUUGGUGUCCAGGAAACUCUGGCUGUGCUGCUCAAUAAAUCAACGGUCGAGAGGGCUGAUAUUUCCGCUUUGGCCAUUGGAACCACCCACUUCAUCAAUGCAAUCAUCGAGCGAGACUCAUCCCGAGUUGAGAAAGUCGCUGUCCUCCGCCUCGCCUCGUACAACUUUUCCUCUGGCACUCCACCAUUUGCCGACUGGCCGGCCUCUUUGAAGCGCAUUGUCCAUGGCUAUUCGGCAUUCAUUCCAGGAGGUUGUAACAUCGAUGGUCAGCUCAUCGCCGACAUUGACGAAGCCGCGGUGCGCGAACAGGCCGCCAUUAUCCAGGCCCGGGGCAUCCGGAAUGUGGUCAUCGUUGGUAUAGGUUCUCCCUCCGACACACGUUACAACCAAGAGGAGCGUGUGAGGGAGAUAAUGCAGCCCUUACUGCCACAAGACGUCAACUUUGUCAUUUCCAAAGACGUCGCGGGAAAUGGCUUGUUGGCUCGCGAGAACGCCUCCAUCCUCAAUGCCUCCAUCCUGAACUUCGCGCGCAGGGCCAUUUGCUCUUUCAUGGCUGCCAUGAAGCACGUUGGUCUCCAGUGCCCGCUGUACCUGACAUCGAACGCAGGCCACCUCCUUACCUCUACCGACGCCAUGCAAUUCCCCAUCCGAAUUUUCUCUUCUGGCGCAACAAAUUCAAUACGCGGUGCCGCAUUCCUGGUAGGCUCAGAAAUCGGCAACACGGGCUGUGUUGUGGUAGACAUCGGCGGAACCACCACGGACGUCGGCUAUCUGCUAAAGAAUGGCUACCCACGCCUUUCAAAAAGCUUUACAGAUCUUGCCGGGGUCAAGGUCAAUCUUGAAAUGCCCUUUGUCGAAAGUAUCGGACUCGGAGGUGGUUCAAUUCUCCACACUACGCCUAACACUGAAGACGUUGUGGUUGGCCCUGACAGCGUCGGACAUGACCUCUUGACCAAGGCAUUGGCCUUUGGUGGAGAUGUGCCCACUGCGACUGAUGUCGUUGUCGCCGCAGGGGGAACGGUUCUAGGAACCCACAAAGUGGGCCUAUCCCCGAAACUCAUCUCCAAAGCCCAGGCUAGAAUGAAGAAACUGCUCGAGACUUGCAUUGAUCGGUCGAAGAACUCGCCUGAUCCUUGCACCGUCAUUCUCGUGGGUGGUGGGUCCAUCCUCUGCCCCCCUUCAUUGAUGGGAGUCAGCAAGAUCAUUCUUCCUGAACACGCAGGGGUUGCCAACGCCAUCGGAGCGGCCAUGGCAAAGAUCUCGGGCUCUGCCGAGCUCAUCGUCAAAGGUGUAGAAGCACAAAAGGGCAUUGCAGAAGCCAAGGCUCAAGCCAUCAACAAUGCAGUCGCCAAAGGUGGUGAUCCAAGCUCGAUAAUCGUUCUAGACCAGGAAGUCGUCGGCGUGCCGUACACUGAGGAUCAGACGCGCAUCAAAGUCGAAGUGGCUCUGCCAGCGGACCAUGAGAGAGCCCGCAAAGAGAUGCAGCUUCUCUCGGAUAAUAGCGACGCAGAUACCGUCAAGGAGCUCUUCCAGGAAACCAAGGUGCACGAGAUAUCAGUCAAUGGGGACGAUGCGGAGAGCGAACGGAUAGACUUCGACAGCUAUCGGCCUCAUGUGACGCCCGAAGGUGUUUGGAUGCUUUCAGAGAUAGACCUCCGAUUUUUAUCGCUUGGUUGCUACAUUCUCGGCACAGGCGGCGGUGGAUCUCCAUACACGACCUAUCUCACCCUCCGACAGUAUCUGGAGGAAGGUCAUACGCUUAGCAUCGUCAGUGUGGACGACUUACGUGACGAUGACUGCCUGCCAACCGCUGGAGCUAUAGGCACCCCUGCAGUCAGCAUCGAAAAACCCGGAGGAGACGGGAUGAUGCACGCUUUGCAACUCAUGUCGACAAAGCUCAACGCCAAGUUCACACACUUGCUUGCCUUUGAGAUUGGCGGCGGGAAUGGCCUCUCGCCACUGGUCUGUGGAAGCUCCAAGCACUUUAACCUGCCAACUGUGGAUGGAGAUCUCAUGGGACGCGCUUAUCCGGCGUUCGAGAUGGUUUCUACAUAUGUGCACGCAGACAACAUCAACACGUUGUUGCCUGUGACAUUGUGCAGUGGGACUGGACACGAUGUCUUCAUCCCCGCGGACGCGACCGAUGAGUCGGCUCCUGGGAUCGAAAUCCGCAAUGUGUGCGUUGCUAUGGGCAUGGCGUGUGGUGCGGCUGGAGUGCCUUUGAGCGGCCGAGAAAUGAAGGAUUUCGGCAUCCCAAAUACGCACUCUUUGGCGUGGAGACUCGGCCGCGUGGUUGCUCAAGCACAGCAGUCAAAUAUGCUAUCAACGCUCCCUGAGAAGCUAAUUGCCGAAUGUGGCGGACCAGGAUCUGCUCGCCGCCUAUUCACGGGUAAGAUUCGAGGCGUUGAAAGUGGUCUCACGACAACAGCGCACAGCGUGGGAAAGGUCACCAUAGAAGCUCUAAGUGAAGAGGAAGUGGAAAAUGAAGCAGAUCGACAAGGUGACUGGAAAGAGAUUGUGAUACCUUUCAUGAAUGAAAAUCUCGCCGUGAUUGGAAAAGAUACAAAUGGACAAGAGACGAUCUUGGCCACUAUCCCCGACCUGAUAUCCUUGCUGGAUGUGUCGACAGGUGAGAACAUCGGAGUACAGGAAUAUAGAUACGGACUCAAAGUUACCGUGAUGCUGUUCGCUCCUCAUCCAGUCUGGACGUCGUCGGAGCGAGGCAUAAGGAUUGGUGGCCCGGAAGGGGCGCAUCUACCGUACAAGUACAAUCCGACCUUGACAUACUCCAAGCCUCGCAGCGUCAUCGAGGAGUUCCGACCCCGGUCGUAAAGUGAUCGGCAACCGACGCGAGCUGCUGGCUCGACCUUUGGACUCUGUAUGUCCGAUAGAGCUCGAUGAAUGAGAGUGCAUCCCUUCACGACGAUGUUACAGAGCCCAGAAGCAGGGAUCGUAGCUGGGGCAAGGCUUUGGCAAGUGAUUAAUCUCCGUGGAGUCUUGCUCGAUCAAAACGAACUCGACUUUUGUCGGAAGACAUGCAGGCGGCAGGGGGUGGAUCUUGCACGUCUUGGCCCUUUGAGCACCUUCACAUAGUGCCUAUUCGUUUCAGAUGGAUGGAGUCGACAUCUGUGGACGAUAUGCGAGAGAACGGCGGUCGUUGUUGUAGAGAAUCCAGUGGAUACUAACAAGGUCCAUCCACUGUGGAGAGAUAUGAGAAUCCAGGGAAUGAUUACGAGAUCCCACGCGUGAACUUUUCCCAGUGCUUCGUUUUCAUCCGAUGCCACAAUUGGUCAAUGAAAGGGGACUGGGACCCCCGCGGGAGAAUCACUGAACCUUCAAGCCGUCGCGGCCUCAGGCUUUUGGCCAUAUACAACGAAACUAGGAGGACGAUUAGUUUGAAAAGGACUCAGGCUGAUGCAGCUGGGGAGUGGGACUCACAUAGGCCAGUAGGCAUGAAUUUUGGGAUUCUGAAUGUCAGCGCGGGCACCAGCCAGGAGAAGCU